UAAAAAAAGAGUUGAGUUCAAACUCUAAUCGAAUUUCAAAAGAGUCGAAAAUAUAUAUAACUUCACUAGAGUUUGAGUUUGGAAAAAAUGGCUCUAAUAUUACUAGAGACCUUUUGAUUUCCUAAUAUAAGACCUUAUUGUUUAUAUCCCAAAAUACUACCUUAUUUAAUUAAAACGGUCAUUUUUACCCGGUCAGUCGGUGACCCACGCCUAAAUUAUAGUUUCAAUUCUCCCUCCUCAUUAACGUCUUUCCCAGUGAACUACACUCCUACUUGGUAACUGCAUCUCUCUUUAUUUUAGAUUUUUUUUUCCAUUUCUGUUGCAUCAUUCCACUCUCCACCCGCAGCCGGUUGUCUCUCGUGAAUGAAAUGUCACCGCCUUCUACCUCUCGUCGCCGUUCCGGUGUUGAAGCCUCAUGCAGUAAGUUUUCCUUGCUUGCGAACACGAUUCCAGACUCUGCUCAUAAAUUUGAUUUUGAUUAAAGUUGGAGGAUUUGCUAUUCCUCCACCGAAUGUUACUUCCCAAUCCAUUAGAUAUUAUGUUUUUUGAUUGGUAAUCUACCGAUGUAGAGAAUUACAGUCUACCGAUGUACCUAGUUUGUUACUUUAUUUAAAUUAACUUGUAGCUCAGUCUUGUUUGAAUGUCAUUAUGAUACUUUUAUUAAUACUAGUAUUGUACCCGGCGGGAGAAUUUUUUUUAUUUUUAAUUAUGGUGAAAUUAAAUACAUACGUAGUAUAAUUGAAAUAUUAAUGUAAGACAUAUUUAUUGUAAGAACAUUAAAAUACUUGUAUGAUGUAGUAAGAUCACUAUAAUAGGUUUGAAGUACAUUCAAAAAAUUAAAAGAAAAUUAUGCUAUGUAAGUGCUUAAACUAAGUGGGUACAUAAAGCAAACAUAGUGGAAAUUGUACAUUUUUUUAGAAACUUCCACAUAUAUAAUGACAUUUAUUGUGAAAUUGUUUGAGAAGCCACAUGUAUUGCUUGUCAAUAUUUUCAUCCUUCUCGCUUGGUAACAUUUGAGAGAGCUGACUUUUGUUGAUCAUCAUUCCAUUUGAUACCAUUAGAGGGAAUUUGCGUUGAAACGUAAAAGGCAUUCUCACAUAUAUUAAGGAGUCGAGUUCAACCUUGAUAAUGAAUCCAAAAAUGACUCCAAAUUUGGCACCAAAUAAUACGAUAGUAUUUUUUUGUUCUAUUCAAAAUUGAAUUACACAUAAUAAAAAUAAAACAACUCUAAUUGGACAUGUAUAUCUAUAUUCCUUUAAUCAUCAAGGAAAUAUAAAACAAAAGUAAGAGUGAGUUGCAUGUAUGUGUAUGAAUUCUUGUUUUUUUAACUUAAAAAAACUAUUUUUAAGUCCAUAGAAGUUUACCCAAAAAAGUCCAUAGAAGUUAACGUAAAUAACAUAAAACACAUUGAAUUAACAAAUCACUUUUAAUUACACACAGUAUUCUAAACACAAAUUUAAAUAAAAAUAACAGGGUUUGCGAUACAAAACACAAACUUAAAUAAAAAAUAAAAGGGUUUGUGACACAAAACACAAAUUUAAGGAAAUCAUCUAUUCGCGUACAGGAAUAGCUCAGUUAUUGACACAAGUGAGAGGGUUCAUAGGUAGGGGCUGGGAUUACUAUUAUAAUAUCAUCAUCCGUAUAAGUUCUUUUGCUUCCAGUAGGCCAUAUCCAUUCAUUGUGUCCUUGUCUGAAAUAUGAUCAAUCUGCUUUUCCUUUCUUUCCUUAUCUUUCUCAUUCCCCUUAAUUAGUUAGAUCAGAUCGAAGCUUCCCCAAAGUGCUUUGAAGCAACGGCUUCAAAUGCCCUGAGUUUUACAAUGCAUAUAGCUAUUCCGGUCCCCCUUCUUUGAACUAAACACAUUACAUUCUCAAUCAAAUUGGUUAUUCACGGUUUUCAUCAUUUACGGGGCCGGGAAUAAAUCAAAUGAAGUAUAAACAUAUUUUUCUUAUUCCCCUUAAUUGCAUGUGUACAGAUAUUAACCGAUUAUUGAACAAACGUUUUAUAUAAUGACGUGUCAGACAUUGUUCUUGGCGGGAACAGUUAUUUGACACACGGUUCCAUUGUUAUAUAUAUAUAAAGAUUAGGUUCAUACUUAUUUUGCUUGCAGCUAACAUUGACAGUGACUUUGUCUCCACCCCUCCUACCUCUUCAUCUAAUGUUCCACUUAAUAGAGCUGUCAAGAAACAGAUUGUCAAUAAGGACACUACCAGGAGAGUUAACACCUUUUCUAGAUUGUAUGAGGUCAUAAAUCUUGUUCGAUCAAAACUACUCCCUAAACAAUUAGAACUUUUUAGUACUACAGUUUUUGGGAAGUUCUUAGAUGCCAAGGAAAUGCAAUGUUCCGGUCAGCUAUUACAUUUUCUUAUUGGAAACCUCGUUAAACAUGGAAGCGAUGAUACUGUGGUAGGCGGCGUUUUGUACUUUGAUAUUGAGGACAGGUUGGUAUCAUUCACCAUUUCUGACUUGGGUCAUAUUCUGGGGUUGAAUGUGUCCGAUAAGGUCCCUUCUUAUCAGAAUCUAGUCACUGAUAGGGGUCGUGUUUGGCAGAAGUACUUUCCUUCUUGUGCAACUAGAGUCAAACGUAAAGAUAUUAAAAAAGUGUUCAAAGCUAUCGAGAGGGGCAAGGAAGACGAUAAUGAUAUUGUUAGCUUGUCCCUGUUAUAUGUUUUAUCCCAUUCAUUUUUAGCCGCGGAAGAAAAGGUUGCUGUCAACAGUAUACACAUUAACCUUGUAGAUGACAUUGACAAGUUUAAUGCUUAUCCAUGGGGACGCGUGAUUUGGGAGAACAUGGUAGCCAAAGGCUACUGUCAAGAAGAAGGAAUAGAUUUUGAUAAAACUUUUGCUCCUGUUGCCAGACUUGAAGCAAUAAGAAUAUUCCUUGCUUAUGCUGCCUAUAAGCAAUUCACAGUCUAUCAAAUGGAUGUGAAAAGUGCCUUCCUAAAUGGUCUACUAGAAGAGGAGGUCUAUGUGGAGCAACCUCCUGGAUUUGAAAUCAACAGAGAGAAAGAUCAAGUAUUCAAACUAAAGAAGGCUCUCUAUGGACUCAAACAAGCUCCAAGAGCAUGGUAUGACACUCUCUCUCAAUACUUAGUGAACAACGGUUUCACUAAAGGCAAAGUAGAUAAAACUCUGUUCAAAAGUGAAGAAGGUCCACACAUACUGUUUGUCCAAAUUUAUGUGGAUGACAUAAUCUUUGGAAGCUCAAAGCAGGCAUUAUGUAAGAAAUUUUCAACUCUCAUGCAAAACAAGUUUGAAAUGAGCAUGAUGGGAGAGUUGAACUAUUUCCUAGGACUACAAGUGAAGCAGACUCCACAAGGUAUCUUCAUCAACCAAGCAAAAUACACAAGAGAUCUCAUGAAGAAAUUCAAAAUUGAGAACAAGUCUAUUGUAAAGAUCCCCAUGAACACCUCUCAAGGACUGACUCCAGAUGAAGAUGGCAAAGCCACUGAUCCUACACUCUAUAGAGGUCUGAUUGGCUCUCUGUGAUACUUUUGUAAUUUCCGUGUGUUUAUUUACGUUUUUAGUUAGUUUUGGUUGUUUAGUAUUUCGGAAAUUACACACUUUCGGUGUAAUAGUUUAGUUUGUUAAAUUCUUGUAAAUUGUUUAGAUUAGGUUUAUUCUGAGCUUAAACAGGUCCAAGAUCAAUCAAAUGAUCAUUGGUGAAGGAAGGUGCAAAAGUACAAGACAAAAAGAAGGAAAGUUCCUGAUUUUGACCUGUACUCGGUCGAGUACACCUUAUACUCGAUCGAGUACCAAUACUGAUUUUCAAGGAUUUGAUCCGGGAACAAAGGAACAUGCAGGAGAAGAUUUUCCCACGAUCAAGUGUCUAUACCCGAUCGGGUACACCGACAUACUCGAUCGGGUAUAGCUAUAAAUUAUACCCGAAUAUCGAUCGAGUAUGGAUCGAAUUCGAAGUUUUACACAUACUCGAUCGAGUAUAUGUACAUACUCGAUCGAGUACUCGACCUGCACCUCAAAAAGCCUAUAAAUACACCUCCUUUCCUUCACUUUUAGAUUACCAAUUCCUAUAUACUCUUAAGCUCAGUUUAGAAUAGAAUUUCUCUAUAUUUCUUUUAGCAUGUUUAGUCUCCAAAUGAGGAGCUAAACUUCCAUAUCUUGGUUUGCUACUUUGAAGCUUAAUGAAUUUGUAAGUUG